AUGUCUACACCUACUACCGUUCUCGAACUUCUGCCCACUAUGGCUGAACUCAAUAGACAUAUUGAAGAAACCUUAGCGAAGCUAGAGCAAAUCGAUGAAUACAUUAAGUAUGCUAUCGAAAUCAAGCAUCAGGGAAGGAGAGGAUACUUAGAAUUCAGCAAAUCGAUGCAAGGUUGUAUGGAAGACUGCGCUUUCAAUCUACAUCUCCAAAUCAUGUCAUCCCCAACUAACAAACACACCGAUCCCGUUGAUCCCAAAGGUCCAAGAGAUCUCCCCAACUCACCCAGAGCCUCCACUCCUCUUUCUGCCGUCCCAAUUCUGGGCAUUUUUACCUCUCCACCUAAUCGUGGAAUGGAUCAAAGCCCGCGGUCACAAUCUAUACGACCCCUACAAUCAGAACUCAAAGGAGUGGAGUCAGCGCGAGAGCUCGAAGAACGAAAGCCAGAUGACUUGAAUGUCGAGGAUUGGAAAAGAGAGCUCAAAGGGUGGAUGUCUGAUAUGCAGAAGGUGUAUGGAAGAGUUCUGGCAGACCUUGCAGUCCCUUUCAACCUCCCCUGGUAUUUAAAUUUUCCACGUCCAGUCUCUCAUAUAAUCAAAGGUCCGCAACCAGAUGAAAAACGUCCCACCUUUCGGGGUGUUGAGAUCUUCGCUUUUGAUGAACGGAAAGAUAUUGAAGAAGUUGAUCGAUGGAUCGAAGCAGCACGAGAGCUUGAAUUGAAAGGAAAGGAUGUGAAGGAAUGGAAGGAAAUGCUCCAAAAACUCCUUGUAGAAAUGGGUGCGGUCCCUGCAACGAUAAUUGAGGUCGGAGCAAUGUUGGCUGAGCUUCACGCAGAAAACAUUUAUGAUGAUGAGCCUACUCCACAGAAGUUUGAGAUUGAGAGAUAA